AUCUAUAUCUCGUUCACAAGGUAAACUCCGAGGCGUUGUUUCGGUCGUCUUGUUUAAGUACAGUCAUCAACUAACGACGGGCUUCAGUUUGUUCACAAGUUCACCAUCAUGGCGUCCGCGUUUAAAUUUUUCCUUCUGGUCGCAACACUAGUUUUCUGUUCCCAACAGGCGUACAGCAGAAAGCCAUACACGACAGAACUAGGGGAGCGAAUGCUGUUUAAUUUUCUGAUGAGCAAGUCGUCCUCGGUGAAAACCCUCUCCAAUCUGAAAACAUUUAAGUACAACAACUGUGGUGACCCUACCAAAGAUCUUGCAGACCUGACCCAGUUUGUUCUUGGCCCUGACCCACUUUCGUUCCCUGGACCGCUUGAUGUCUCGUUUUCGGUCUCCAUUAAGGCGACCCUUGACACCCCGAUUAAGGCAGACGUGACCCUGUCAAAGAAAGUCGGUGACGCCUGGCUCAAGAUUCCCUGUGUGGGUCUGAUCGGCUCCUGCACGUACCAGGACGUCUGCCAGUACCUGGGCCUGAUCACCCAGUGCCCCGACCCCUUCGUCAGCGCCGGGAUCCCCUGCCAGUGCCCGUUCUCUCAGGGAACAUACACACUCCCCACCGCUGAAUUUGACGUCGAAGUCGCCAUUUUCCCCUCCGGAGACUACCACGCCAUCGCCAACCUUACCCACAACACCAACUCUAUCGCAUGUGCGGAAAUCUACGCCUCGUUUGACUGAUGGGCGCGAAUUUAUAUAAUUAUUAUUUUGCCUUUUUCUGUGUAAUCAAUUUUUUUCAUUGUAUCUUUGAUUAAAUUAAUACUUUAAAAAACAUAUUGCAGAUUUCACAUUUGACAUAUUUGCAGUAUAGCCUAUAUGUGAAAUAAAAUAAGUAAAUACCCAA